AUGUUUAUUUUAGCAUUAUUUUCUUUUGUUUCAUCGCAAAUUAUUAUUGGGUAAUUGCCACCAAGCAUAAAUGAACAAUUGACAAUUAAAGUAGAUACAAAAUCGAUUCGAAUUAGUUAUUGUUUGUCAUCAGAUUAAUAUAAAAAUGGACUUAAGAAAAAUGAAUUCAAUUAUCCUAAUCCAAAAACUUUUACCCAAUUAAAUCAGAAAUUAUUACUUUAGUAUAUCACAAAUGAAAUUUUCAAUGAAAUGGAAUCCAAAUCAGCUUUGUUUCAUCAUGAAAAUUGGAGAUGCAAGUAAUACACUAUUUAUGAUUAUUUUCCUGAAUUAUUUGAAAUAUCAAUCAAUAAUGCUAAGAAUAGAAUUCUCACAAUCCUCAAAUCGGAGAAAUAAGAUGCAGGUGAAUUCAAACAAAGCCAAGAUUGGACUUAUUAAUUACAACUUAAUUCAAAUACAUAAUAAUAGUGGAUGUAAAUUAAAUACAAAAAAGAGUCAAGUGGACCUAAGUAUCAUUAUGAACGAAAAUUGAUUGGAGCUGGGUUGCAUUAAUUUAUUGAAACUAAAAUUAUUUUUGAUAAAUAGCCUAGUUAGAAUGUAGUCAUUGUAGAUGAAUUAGAUACUUUUACUUAUGUGGACAAGGAUGAAUUGGAUAAGUUACCUUAUGAGGCUAAAUUGAUGACAAUUGUUGAUAUAGAAAGACCCAAUGAACUUUCCACAUAGCACAUAAUUCUGAGUCAACACAAAGGUGCUUUGGAAAUUACAUACCUCAUGCCAUAUCAUUUUCGAUAUCAUUUGGCUUCAGACACACACUAUAAGACCUCCUAUGUUCCAAAUAUUCCCAGAGUUUACUUGGAAUCGUAAUCAGGUGACCCUUUAAUUAAAUCAUUUUUCAAUGGCAACUUUGAGGAAGCUCAAAUAUCAACAUACAAAGAACACCUAACAUAUUAAAUUCCAGUUGGAUACUUGCCAUAUAAAAAUGUAGUAAUUAUGAUAACUAUUGGUAUCACACUUGGAAUGGCCUUACAUAUAUCUAACCUAAUAAGAAGAGAUAAAUAGUGA